CUCUCUGUCCAUCCCCCUCCCCUCCCUCCCGCUGCCGCUCUGCAGAGGAGGAGCCGUCAUCUCCCCUGGGCCUCGGCCACUCUGAUGGACGCCUGUCUGAUCCAGCGCUUUUCACCGAGCCCUCCUCCGCUCUGCAGGCCCUUGCCCAGAGGCUGCCCACCCAAGCACACAGCUUCCUGGGCCUGGACGGCUUCCUGACCCUGGGCGUGGACAUGAGCUCGGCGCGGCCCAGCUCUGGCCCAGUCUCUGCGUGUACUCACACACCCCAGGUCCCCGGCCCGCUGAGAUCGCCACCACCCUACCGUGGAGGGCAGCUCAGUUGGAGGCCCAGCAGCAGCCUGAGAGAGAGCGCACCGGACGAGCUGGUCCUGGCCGUGCUGGAGAGCCAGAGCCCACGCCACACACUCAGCCGGCCCCCCUCAGCUGCACACAGGCUCCACUCUGCUGGUAGGGUCACUCCAUGUCUUGCUCCUCGUCCCGUCAGCGUGUCCCGGCCCCUGUCUCGUGCGGCUCAGGAGAUCCUGGAGGUGCAGAGCGUGGAGCAGGAGGCGCCGUGCGACGGCGAGGAGCAGGACGAGGAGGAGGAGGAGGAUGACCGUCAGGCUCUGGCCAGUCUAGAGGAGGAGUUCAGACAGAUGAGCGCACAGCCAGGUGAGGGCCCCGGUGUCUGCAGGGGUCCCAUGGCGGCGCACGGUUCACCGACCGGGUCAGAGGGCCACCGUCCGACCGGGAGGAGCGCCAGCAGUGGAGCGUCACGGCGCUGGACCAGCAGAGGUCACCCGGACGAGGAGGACAAUCUCGGGGACAAGCAUGAUGUUCUAGCACUCCGUUGACCAUUGCACACACACACACACACACACACACACACACACACUUGCAUACACACUUCAAGGCUGCUUUUGAAUCCUGGAGUGGGGCCAUUAUGCUCGAUCAGUUGAACAGCAGGACUUGUGCCCAUCAUUUUGUUUGAGAUGGUAAUGCUGAGUAAUAACAAAGAUGCUUUAUGGUUUGUUUGUUUUUUUCUGCAAUACUGAAAUGAUUCUCUUCCAUUUUAGUGCAGCGUUAGAUCAUUAAAAUUUUACAUUCUGUACAGGUUUAGGAGACCAUUGUUUUGAUAUUGUACGUUGUUUAAAAUUAUACUUGUGUAUCUCUUGUACCUUUCCUUAAUUAUAUUAAAUAUAUCUUAAGAUGAUGUAAUA